CUUGUUGUUAGAGACUCAUUUUUGAUUUUAGCGUUUCUGCAUCGUUAUGAGCAGCACAUUGGGUUCAGGCACGCGAUAUCAUAGAGUUUCUGAAAUAAAAGAAUGUGAAAAUCAAUCAAAAUUUGUAAAUCAACGUAUCAACGAAAUCGAAGCUUUUUUUGGUGAUUUAUGCUCAGAACUUGUAAAUUAUACAAGACGUACAGCUAAAUUACGUAAUAAUGGUAAGUUUUGAAAUUGAAUCAAUCAAUCAAUCAAUCAAUAAUAUUGACACCUAUUGAAUUUUAGGUGAUGAAAUCUCCCGUAUUAUGUUAGAUUAUUCACUUAAAGAGAAAAUUAGUCGUACAACUUCAGAAGCAUUACAUAAAGUAUCAGAAUAUCUUGCUACUGUGGAAGAUUAUCGACAUACUGAAGUUGAUCGAAUUGUUGGUAAAGUUGUCAAUCCGUUAGCUGCUUAUGGAGAAGAAAUUAAACAUGUCCGUAGUAAUUUGAAGAUAGAAAGUGCUGCACGUAAAAAAGAAAUUGCAAAUAUGCGUAAAUUGGAAAGAUCGAGUACAGCUGAAGCAUCUAGAGAGAGACGACCUAAGGCUGAAAUACAAUUACACAAUGCUAUGAUUGAUGCAACUAAAAGUGCAAAUAAUCUAGAACGUUGUGUACUUGAAUUUGAAGGUCGACGAUUAAAAGGCCUUAAGAAAAUUAUUACAGAUUUUAUUCAAAUUGAAAUGUUAUGGCAUGCUAAAGCAUUAGAAACGUAUAGUUUAGCCUAUAAUGCAAUCCAAUCAUUACAUGAAGAAGCUGACUUGAUUGACUUUCGUGGUACACUACUUCGUUCUGGUAGUGAUUUAACUCUACUGAAAAAUGCCAAUCUUUUAACAAGUCAACAAAGUAUUGCUGCUGGGAGUAAUGGUGGCGCUGGUGGUGAUACGGGCUCAUUGAUGUCAUCGUCUACAAUGCCACAGAAUAGAAAUCAUCGAUCGCAUAAAUCAUUGACAUCGAGAAAUAAUUCAAUGAAUUCCUUGAAAUCAGGCAGUCGUGGUAGUCUUGGCUCAUUAAGAGGGAAUAAUAAUAAUCGAAAGAAUCGACAGGCAAAUCGUCAGCAGCAGCAGCAGCAACAACAACAAUUACACCAAUCUGGUUUGUCGCAUCAGAACGAUGAUGUCACAAGUUUAUUCACUGAAGGUGAUGAUGAUGUUGGCGUUAAUCAUAGUAUUCGAAGUACAACAGAUAAUACAAAACAUGUGAUGAAUGGUCUCGAAGAUCUUGAAGAUGAUGAUGAUGAUGACGAUUUCGAUGAAGAAGCCGAUGAAGAAGAUGAUGAGGACGAAGAGGAUGAAGAUGAGGAUGAGGAUGAAGAGGAUGACGAUGACAUUGAUGGCAGUACAACACACUCACCAACACGAAGUAGAACAACAACAAAUCCACCUAUCAUAUCAUCAACAAAUGUCACCACUGUAAACCGACCACCUGGUUCAGCACAACAUUCACCAUUGAAAUCUGCCCUAAAAUCUGGUAUCUCAAAACCAUGA